AGUUCCAGAAGACGAAGCAAUGGCCACAGAUACUAAAACUCGCGAUGUUAUUUGUCUUAAAGGAUCGGCGCAACUUGUUCAGGAAUUCUUUCAUUUCGGUCUUAAUAGCAUUCUUUACCUGCGAGGUUUAUAUCCGGCAGAUUCUUUCAAACGGGAAAAAAAAUAUGGACUCACUAUGCUUGUUACUAAUAAUCCGGCAUUGCAACAAUAUUUGGCGCCACUCCUUGAACAAGUUAAAUACUGGUUGGAAAAUAAGCAGUUAAGGAAACUGGUUGUUGUGAUCUCAAAUAUACAGACUAAAGACGUACUGGAGCGUUGGCAGUUUGACAUUGAAACAGAUGCACUUAUUCAGCAAGACGGCGAAAACACGACCAAACAAAAGGAUGAAAAGAAAAUCAGACAAGAAAUAGCUGAUGUGAUCAGACAAAUAACAGCCUCGGUAACGUUCCUACCAUUGCUUGAGGCACCGUGUUCGUUUGACGUGCUCAUUUAUACAGGUAAGGAAACGGAUACACCGGAGGACUGGACAGAGAGUAGUGCCUGUAUAAUUAAUGAUGCCGAGCAAGUACAACUUCGCUCUUUCUCAACGGCUAUACAUUCAGUGCAUACGCAAGUGUCUUACAAACCUUGCUUGUGAUGUAAUUAUUUGCACUACUUUCCAUCUUCUAUUUAUGGAGCAUUAUCACUGUAACAAUCAAUGUUGUGUAACAUUUUUGUAACACCUAAUUGAGGCGAUCCAAAAUUUUCGUUGGUUGGGAAAUUCAUGUAUUGCUAUAUACGAAUCACCUACGGGGAAGAAGCAUCACGUUUUCCCUUAACCCUCCUCAUCCAUCUAUAAUUAUUUCUACCAGUUUUCUGGGAUGAAGUGAAUAAAAUUAC